AUGUCGCGCAAAACUCGCCCCCCAACAGCACCAUACAGCGAACCCCUCCUCCCACAACUCGACAUUCCAAACCCCUAUUACACAGACCUUCACCACAACCUGCGCGCCUUUGUCCGCGAGUACGUCGACACCUCGAUCGCUCCCUACGCACAAGAAUGGGAAGCAGCGGGCCAAGUGCCCGAGUUCGUGCGCCGCCGGCACUGUGAGCUGGGGUUUGGGAUCGUGCAUCCGCUCACCUCCGAAGAGGACUCGGCCGGUCUGGCCCUGCCGGGGAAUGUGCCCCGUGAGAAGUGGGAUACGUGGUGCUCGCUGACCGUGGCGGAUGAGAUGACCCGCGUGGGGUUCGUGGGCGUCAUCUGGGGUCUCGGGGGUGGGAAUGGUAUUGGGUGUCCGCCUAUCGCGAGAUUUGGGACUCCCGCGCAGCGCGGGCGCUGGUUGCCCGGUGUUGCGAAGGGGGAUAUUCGGUUCUGCUUAGGUAUUACGGAGCCCGAUGCUGGCUCCGAUGUAGCCAAUAUCCGCACCACGGCCAAGCGCGACGGUGACCAUUACAUUGUCAACGGCGCAAAGAAGUGGAUCACCAAUGGCCUCUGGGCCGACUACUGCACCGCCGCUGUCCGGACUGGCGGCCCCGGCCGAUCGGGGAUCAGCCUGCUGGUCAUUCCCUUGGCCGCGCAGGGCGUGACUCGCCGGCGCAUGUAUAACUCUGGUGUGAAUGCGAGUGGAUCGACCUUCAUUGAGCUGGACGAUGUCCGCGUCCCCGUGGACAACCUGAUCGGGGAAGAGAACAAGGGCUUCCAACUGAUCAUGUCCAACUUCAACCCCGAGCGCCUCUCACUAGCAUGCGCAUCUCUCCGUCUCGCGCGCGUCUGCGCCGAAGACGCCUUCAACUACGCCAUCCAGCGCGAGACGUUCGGCUCGCCGCUAAUCCAGAAGCAAGCGAUUCAAUCCAAGAUCUUCAAGUUCGGACUGAUGAUCGAGCCCGCCUACGCAUUUAUGGAACAACUCGUCAAUAUCCUGGAGCUGACCAAGGACCGGCCCGUCGACGACGUCAAUAUCGGGGGCAUGACGGCGCUGCUGAAGGUCAUGUCUACGCGAGCGCUGGAGAAGAGUGUUCGGGAAGCGCAGCAGAUUCUCGGCGGGGCCGGGUAUAACAAGGCUGGCAAGGGGGCCAGGAUCGAGCAGAUCAGUCGCGACGCAAGAGUUCAUGUGGUUGGCGGUGGGAGUGAGGAGAUUAUGAUGGGAUUGGCGCUGCGGGAGGAGACGAAGGCGUUAAGGACGCGGAGAAGGGCGCUGGAGAAGCGGCAGUCCAAGGUGUAA